AUGGGUGUCAAAAAAAGCCCGCUCAAACGGUCCAAGACCGCCGAGUUCAUCAACAAGCAUCGCAAGCUAUGCAAGAACCCCAUCAGCAGUGAAGAUAACACAUCACAGUGCAUCACGCGGCUUCCAGUGUCUAUGUACGUCUCGCUAGCUCCCCUUUACCAGCAACAUCCUCUGGAGGGCAUAAAACGGCAACAUCUGAAUCCCAUGGUCAUGAAAUACAACGGAGAUGUUGGAGGUGUAAUACUGGGAUAUGAGAAUGUGGCGAUUAUGAAUGAAGGCGCUGCGAAAGAUGAAGAACUGCUAGUCAAGUUGACGCCAGAUACCCCUUUUGCGUUUACCUGGUGCAGCGUAGAUCUUGUGGUAUGGUCGCCACAUAUCGGCGAUGUGCUCGAGGGAUGGAUCUUCAUACAGUCAGCCUCACACAUUGGUCUGCUGAUCCACGACGCUUUCAACGCAUCCAUUAAGAAAAAUAACAUUCCGGAUGAUUGGACCUUUAUUCAUAACGAAGAGAGUACCAACGGGAGCAGCGAAAACGAUUCUUCCACAGGAAUGCGCAAGGCCCGGUCUCUAGGCCACUGGGUUGACGGCAACGGUAAGCAGCUGGACGGAAAACUCAAAUUUACUGUUAAAAAUGUCUACACUGCGGGCAGAAUGGUGUCCCUCGAGGGGUCACUGCUAAGUGAAGGCUAUCACAGGUCGCAAGCAGAAAACCUGCCUGUCGUUUCCAACACCAAGAUCAUCUUUGAUGACGAGGUCUCUCAAGAGAACAAGGAAUCUCAUAAGGACUUGGAACUUAGCGUUCUAAAAGAAGAUAAUGGCGACGAGAUCAUGUAUGAAAAAGAUUCCAGCGAUUCAAACAGCGACAGCGACAGCGACUAA